UCGAAAGUAUAUAUAUGCCAUGAGUAAUAAACACAGAAUCCACAUAACUCAAUUGUAACAGAUUUGAUUAGUGAAUUUUGGGUUUUUGGCUAUAUAAAAAAGCGAAGACUCUUUGUUCCCUCAUUGUUUGAUUCAUUCAUUAACGAGAUCCCUGUUUCCUAUUUACCCCUAUUUAUUCCGCUGAGGAUUCUACACUAACGUUACUUAUAUAAUCGUGUAGUGAUUCUCUAAUACGAUAUCUCGACCUCAUCAUCGUCUUUGAUAUCUCAUUAACUGAACUUUAUUUAUUUACAUAUUUAAUUAUUUAUACACCCUAGUUUUUGUUGAUCGUGCAAAAACGCGUUUAAUUUUUAUUGAUUUUUUUUUUUCGACAGACUGAUUCCAAUUUCUUUUUACGUUUGUUUACAUACUCUUCUUGAUUGUUCGUCAUGGAUAGUGUAAAGAAUUCUGCUGGAAACAUGAACAAUAAUGUCAAGGACUCGGCAAGAAAAGCCGGCUCAAAAAUGAAGGAGCCUUUUCAAAAUGCGAAAGGUGAUACCGAAAAUGUUAAGUCUGGUGCCGCCAAGAAUACCAAGGAUGUUACGAAUGAACCAGGUUCGUUCGCUGAAAAUGCCAAGAGUGGCGCUUCUAAAAAUGCAAAAGAUGCUGUUAACGACCCCGUUCCAGGUGGUUUCAGGGGUAAUGAAGAAACCGCUCGCAGAGGUACCGCUGAUGUAGGCCAUUCUCAACUUCCUAGAGGUGGCAAUGUGAAAGGCGACGAACUAGGCGGUGAGGACACUAGUGGUUCUGCUAAUCCUCAACGUGUCGGAUAUCAACAAGGAAAUGCCGAAUCAUACUCAAGUGGCUCUCAUGAACCUGCUACAAAGUAUGGUAGCACUGGCUACGAAGGCUCCCGCCCAAUUUCUUCUAGCAGUCAUGACCCACAUUAUACCAACGUGAAGAUCACUGCGACUCAAAACAACAUUGAUGCUCUCACUGGCUCGCCCGUUCGCAUCGUUACCACUACAAAUGCACGCAUUCAACCCGACGAUAAGACGCUUCACGAAUUGCUUGAACAAAGACAGCGAGCUUUGCGUGAAGCUCGCGAAGCUGAAGAAGAGCUUAGACGCGCUCGUCAAUUCAAUGACCGUUCUAGCUCUGAGGCUGCAGAACUUGAAGCUCGUGCCAAGAAGCGUGCCGAAGAAGCUGAAUAUGCUUCUCAACGUGCACGUGAUGCCCAAAUCUCUAUUGAGCGAUCUGCUUCCACGAAAGAGAGACAAGCUCGCGAAGAGGCUGAACGUGCUUCAGCUGUAUUGCGCGAAGCUGAAUUGAAGCAUCGUCUCGCUCAAACUAGUGCUAAUCUUGAUGUAGCUAAAUCUAGAUUAGAUGUUGCUCUCAAGAACGAAGAAUGCUGGCAGGCUGAGAAAGCAAGCAAGAUUUCUCACCAACGUGCCAUUAUUGACGGCGCAAAGGCAGCUUUGGAUCGUGCCAACCAUGAUGCUGCUAUUGCUGAAGCAGAGAACAGGAAAGUCCAAUAUGAAUUCAGCGCUAUGCUUGCUGAAUUAGAAGAGCGUAAUGAUACUACACUCCGUACUGCUUCUAUCCGUGAAGCUGAAGCCAGAAAUUUGGAAGUUCACAUGGAUGACACAUUGAAAGAUGCCAGAAUGAGAAGCAGAAACGCGACGGAACAAAUUGACCGCCUUCGUAAUGAAAACAAAGCCAAAUACGCUGAUAUUGAUACUGGUGUGAAUCAAGCUCGCAAUGCUUAUGCUCAAUAUGAGCAGAAUAUUCCAAACAAGCGUAAUGAAUACGGACGCGAGCUUGACCAAGCUGCUGAAGCCUUGAGAGCUGCUCAAGCACGUUUUGAUGCUGCUAAGAGAAGAGUUGAACAAUUUGACACUGAAUCUCGUCAACAAUUGUCCUUACUUCAAACCAGAGUUCGUGAGGCCGAAGAUGCUUCCAACCAAUUCCGUCUACAAGCUGAGAAGAGAGAUAAAGAGAUCGAAGCUAGUGCAACUCAAGCAUACGAUGCUGUCAAGGCUGCUGAGAAGCGUAAUGAAAAGAUCGCAGAAGCUGCGAGAGCCAAGGAACUUGAAGCAAAGGAAUUGUAUGCUAAAGCUCAUAGUAUCUCUGAAGAACUGAAGAGCAAGCGCUCUCAUCCUCCAUCUCCUCUUAAGUCUAGCUUCCAGGAUGAUAUUCAACGGGCUCAGAGCCGCUACAAUGCUGAACAAAACAAGCUAGGACAAUUGAAUGAACAAGAACCAUCCAGAUUUGCUAGUGAGGUUGAAGCAGCUAGAAAUGCUUUGAGAGAAGCUGAAAAUAACUAUGCAGCUGUUGAACGUGAAUAUAGCAGCGUUAGAGGAAAUAAUGAAAGACUCUACACCUCCGGUUCUCGUAAUGAGCCUAGUGGUGACUACGUGUAUCAAAAGACAUCUGAUACUAGUCGUGGUGCCUCUUCGGCAUACCACUACCCUUCCACUGCUUCUCCUGUAAAGGGUGCUAAAAGUGCAGGUCCUGCUUAUGUUGACGCCCCCCGCCCUGGUAGUGGUCCAGUAGGAGCUGGUGCCGGCGUCGGUACUGGUGCUGGAGCUGGAGCUGGUACUGGUGCUGGUGCUACCACUGGUCCUGAAGGUGCUAAUCAAGGUAGCAACUAUGCCCAGGCAGGUCAGAAGAAGGGUUUCGGUGAUGAAAGCCUCAAGGAUGAUACUAGCAGCGCAAGUAACUCUGAUCUCGGUGUAGCAAGAAAGAAAAGCGGAAAGUCUACAAAAGGCGAGCGUAGAGGCAGUGCCGAGAGUACAACAAGUCGUGGUGGACUGAUGUCUAAUGUUAAGCAUGCAUUAGGCAUGGACAAAUAAGUGGGAUGAAAGUUUGAUGAGAAUUGUUUAUGAGAUUUUAAAAUGCCAAUAGGAUAUUUAUUUAUAUUUUAUAUUUAUGUGUGCUGUGUAU